AUGAGGCCAAACAUCGUUUCCGAGGCAGGACUGCAAACUAGGUUGGGGCAAUGGUGGGAGAGCAUUCCUUUUCUUACUUCUGCGGUGGUUGGCGUGUGCGGAACUAUUUACUUGAUCUGUCUCCUGGUUGGAUAUGACUCCUUUUACGAAAUAUGCUUUUUGCCCUCUGCAGUUCUAUCAAGAUUUCAAGUGUACAGGAUUUUCACCUCCAUUAUCUUUCAUGGUUCAGUGCUUCAUGUAUUGUUCAACAUGAUGGCAUUGGUUCCUUUGGGUUCUGAGUUGGAGAGAAUCAUGGGAUCUGUCCGCAUGUUGUACAUAAUCUUUCUAUUGGCCAUAAGCAAUGCACUGUUUCAUCUUACGAUUGCGCUUUUGGUGGCCUAUAAUCCCAUUCACUCUGAUCCGUAUCUCAUGAAUGAAUGUGCAAUAGGCUUCUCGGGAAUCUUGUUUUCUAUGAUUGUGAUAGAGACGAGUCUAAGUGGACACCAGUCUAGAAGUGUCUUUGGACUCUUUAACGUACCCGCUAAAUGGUAUGUAUGGAUCUUGCUGGUAGUGUUCCAAGUUGUUAUGACAAAUGUUUCUUUACUGGGGCACCUAUGUGGCAUUUUGUCUGGCUUUGCAUAUACUUACGGAUUAUUCAAUUUCCUCAUUCCCGGACCAUCCUUCUAUUCUACAAUUGAGGCCUCCUCGUUGUUUUCAACUUGUGUGAGGCGGCCUAAAUUUAUUUUGUGCACUGGUGGGAAUCCUUCAGCCUUCAUCCCUACAUAUUCAAGCCAAGGUACAGCAUCUAGUGGAUUCUCUGCCGGAAGUAUCUGGAGAAACUUGUCUUCAUGGAUUCCACAGAGGGAAACAUCUGCACAGUCAGCACAAGACGGUCACAUGUUUCCUGGGAGGGGAAGAACACUUGGAUCUGGUCGAAAUACUGCUUCUGAUGCUAAUUCAGAAUCAAACUUACAGGCUAGACUUUUGGAUAAUAGCAACUCAGAACAUCCAUCAGACAUGGCAGUUAUUGGUACAGGACAGCAGUUAUCUGAUGGAAGGCGGUCAACCCUAAAUAAUACAGCAGUCGCUGCAGCAGAAGUUCCUGUUAACCAUCAGGAUUAUGUUGUUUCUGAAGAAGAAAUCCAGAAGCUUGUAUCAAUGGGCUUUGAAAGGACACAGGUAGAAGUUGCUCUUGCAGCUGCAGAUGGGGAUCUUAAUGUGGCAGUGGAAAUUCUGAGCCAACAGGGCUAA